UGACACGGCGCUCCGCCAAUGAGCGAGGACAAUCGGCGCGGGAGUCGGGCCUCGUCGGACAGGCCAAUAGCGAGAGGCGGAAGGCGGGGAGCCGGCGUCGAACGACCAAUGAGGAGCGGCGGACGGGGGGCGGGACCGCCUGCCGGGCGGAAGCGGCAGCGCCGGGCGGCCAUGGCGGCGCCGGGAGGGGCGGCGCGGCCCGGGGCGGAGGUCGUGCAGCUCAACGUGGGCGGCAAGAGGUUCAGCACAUCCCGCCAGACCCUGACCUGGAUCUCCGACUCCUUCUUCUCCAGCCUCCUGAGCGGCCGCAUCUCCACCUUGAAGGAUGAGACGGGAGCGAUCUUCAUCGACCGGGACCCCACCGUCUUCGCCCCCAUCCUCAAUUUCCUCCGCACCAAAGAGCUGGACCCCCGCGGCGUCAGCGUCUCCCUCCUCCUCCACGAAGCCCAGUUUUACGGCAUCACCCCUUUAGUUCGCCGCUUGCAGCUCCGGGAGGAACUGGAGCGUUCGUCUUGCGGCAGCGUCCUCUUCAACGGGUACCUGCCCCCCCCCGUUUUACCGGCCAAACGCCGGAACCGGCACAGCCUGGCGGGGCCGCAGCCGGUGGCCCGUUUGCCCCCCCCGCCCGACCGCCCCCCCGUGCGGCGCAGUCACACCAUGCCCCCCGGCCUGGGCAACGCCGGCUUGGUGGGACGCCUCUUGGAAGAGCGACACCCGACCGCCGCCAACGAGCCGGGGGCGGUGCGCAUCGUCUGCGGGCAUCACAACUGGAUCGCCGUGGCUUACGCCCAGUUCCUGGUCUGCUAUAGGGUGAAGGAGACCUCGGGGUGGCAGCAAGUCUUCUCCAGCCCCCGCUUGGACUGGGUGAUCGAGCGGGUGGCCCUCAACGCCAAGGUGUUGGGUGGAGCCUUGGGCGACCACGACAAGAUGGUGGCCGCCGCCUCCUGCACCGAGAUCAUCCUCUGGGCCCUGCAAGCCGACGGCAACGGCAACGAGAUCGGCGUCUUCCACCUCGGGGUGCCGGUGGAAGCCAUCUUCUUCGUGGGCAACCAACUCAUCGCCACCAGCCACACCGGCAAAAUCGGCGUCUGGAACGCCGUCACCAAGCACUGGCAGAUCCAAGACGUCGUCCCCAUCAACAGCUACGAUGCCGCCGGCACCUUCCUCCUCCUCGGCUGCAACAACGGCUCCAUCUACUACGUGGACGUUCAGAAGUUCCCCCUGCGCAUGAAGGACAACGACCUGCUGGUGACGGAGCUUUACCGCGACCCCACCGAAGACGCCGUCACCGCCCUCAGCGUCUACCUCACCCCCAAAACCAGUGACAGCGGCAACUGGAUCGAAAUCGCUUACGGCACCAGUUCGGGGGUGGUGCGGGUCAUCGUCCAACACCCCGAAACGGUGGGUUCCGGCCCUCAACUCUUCCAAACCUUCACCGUCCACCGCAGCCCCGUCACCAAAAUCAUGUUGUCGGAAAAACACCUCAUCUCCGUUUGCGCCGACAACAACCACGUCCGCACCUGGACGGUGACGCGCUUCCGCGGGAUGAUUUCCACCCAACCCGGGUCCACCCCUUUGGCUUCCUUCAAAAUCCUGGCCUUGGACGAGCUGGAAGGCGCCGCCGGCACCGAUAUCGGACCCUUCGGCGAACGGGACGAGGAGCAGGUUUUCAUCCAACGGGUGGUGCCGGACGCGUGUCAAGUCUUCGUCCGGCUCUCGUCCACCGGCAAACGGAUUUGCGAGGUGCGCGCGGUGGACGGCGCCGCCAUCACGGCCUUCACGGUGCAGGAGUGCGAAGGCUCCAGCCGCAUCGGCUCCCGCCCGCGCCGCUGCCUCUUCACCGGCCACGCCAACGGCAGCCUCCAGCUCUGGGACCUCACCACCGCCAUGGAGGCCCUGGCCAAGCCCCCAGAAUCCGACGGUUUGACGGAAGAGGAGCUGUUGCGGCAACUGGACCAGUGCGAUUUGGCUUUAACUGGCCCCCCUGGCCCCCCCAGCCUCCGCUCGCAGGGGCCCAGCCGGGGGGAGACGCCGCUUCCGUCCCCCCCCCGCCCCCCCCCCAAAACGGCCGCCCCCCCCCCCCCAACCCCGCUCGCUGGGAGGGGGAGCGGAGGGGCCCCCCCUUUAUUCUGGGGGUCCCCGGGGGGGGGCCGGCAGCUUCGUGGAGCGCUGCCAGGAGCUGGCCCAGCGCUUGGCCCCCCCCCCGCCCCAGCCCGACCCCCCCCAAACCCCUCGGCUUUCGGGGGGCAAAAGCAAAAACCUCCGGGCCCCCCCACACCCCGGCGGCCCCCCCUCCAUUCCAACCCCCCCCCGCCUUCCCCCCAGCCCAGGAUUGGGGGCCCCCCUGGUGCCCCCCCCCCCGCCGCUGAUGCCGCCCUCCCCAUUGUCCCCCCCAAAUCCCGCCUCAACGAGACGGCGUUUUAAGGGGGGGGCAGGACC